GGUCAUUCUGAGUUAUUUCACAUUACUAUUUAAAGGGCAUAGGAAAUAGCUACCUUAUGAACAUGCUGUCUUUGUUUAUCCAUCUUAUAUAAUGAACUUGAAUCCCAGCAGAAGAGGGGACCUCUACAGUAGGAGGAGAACCUAUCUGUCAGAAUGUUUAAAUUAAUUGUGAUUUAUUAAUGGAUCCAUUUAACAAAUAUUUAUUGAGCACCUACCAUGUACCGGGGAUUAUUUUAGAUAUUGGGGUUGCAGCAGUGAACAAAAUGAAGUUCUAACAUGUGAGGUUGAAACAGAAAGGAAACAACUAAAUAAGUACAUCUAUACCACGUCAGAUAAUAAAUACGAGAGAGACAAGGCAGGGCUGGGUACGGCAGCUCAUGCCUAUAACCUCAGCACUUUGGGAGGCUGAGGCAGGAGGAUUGCUUGAGCUCAGAAAUUUGAGACCAGCCUGGGCAACAUAGCAAGACCUCAUCUUUACAAAUAAUUAAAACAUUAGCCAGGCAUAGUGAUGCGCAACUGUGGUCCCAGCUACAGUUGCUGAGGUGGGGGGAUUGCUUGAGCCUGGGCAGUCAAGGCUGCAAUGAGCAGUGAUUGUGCCACUGCACUCCCUCCUGGACAACAGAGCAAGACCACAUCUCAAAAAAAAAAAAAAAAGGAAAAAUGAAAAGAAAAAAAAGAAAAAGCAAAGUAAGAGAUAUAGGAAGUGCCUUCAUAUGUAUUUUUCCACAGUUUAAAAUUUUCAUAAAAUCAUAACUGUCUGACUUUAUGUAGAAAGGAUAUCACACUGGAAUGAACGUGUAGCUUUUUCUUGAUAUAAUUCAACCAAUCAGAGCACAAUUCUGGUACAUAGGAUGUCUAGAAUUUGAAAGAAAUCAAAGAAUUCAUUUUGUUUUGUUGAGAAAUUUUUAAGAAAUCACGUGGCUGUGUGUUAUUAUUAUUACAAGAUGACUGAUCACUAUUAUGUCUUCUUUCACUUCUCAAUUUCCCUCAGAACACUACACCCAGACUACAGACUCUGGAGGGUGGGGACCAUGUCUGGGUUGUUUACUGAUGUAUUUCAUAAUUUGGCACAUAGAGACCAAUAAUACUCCUUUAAAUGAAGAAAUUAAUAAUUACCAUUGCGUGAUACUGUGAUUACAUCAUUUCCUCCCAAUUUCCAAACUCCUAAUAGAAUAGAGAAUAGAUCAAUUGUAGCAAUUCGUUUCGAAGUAAAGACAACGCAUGGUGGCGCUGCAUGCUAAGGCUUCAAAAAAAAGGAAAAGGAAAAAGCCCAUGAAAUGCUACCAGCUACUUCAGACCUCUUUCAGCCUAAGAGGAAAGCCUGUUAGAGCACGGACCAGUGUCUCCGGAGAAUGCUAUUCUCCUACAUUUCCGGGCAGGUUAUCAACGCACAGAUCGAUCACUGCCUCUGUCCCAUCGCUCCCUGAAGUAGCUCUGACUCCGGUUCCUUGAAAGGGGCGUGUACAGAAGUAAAGAUGGAGCCUGCAGGGGAGCGCUUUCCCGAACAAAGGCAAGUCCUGAUUCUCCUUCUUUUACUGGAAGUGACUCUGGCAGGCUGGGAACCCCGUCGCUAUUCUGUGAUGGAGGAAACAGAGAGAGGUUCUUUUGUAGCCAACCUGGCCAAUGACCUAGGGCUGGGAGUGGGGGAGCUAGCCGAGCGGGGAGCCCGGGUAGUUUCUGAGGAUAACGAACAAGGCUUGCAGCUUGAUCUGCAGACCGGGCAGUUGAUAUUAAAUGAGAAGCUGGACCGGGAGAAGCUGUGUGGCUCUACGGAGCCCUGUGUAAUGCAUUUCCAAGUGUUACUGAAAAAACCUUUGGAAGUAUUUCGAGCUGAACUACUAGUGACAGACAUAAACGAUCAUUCUCCUGAGUUUCCUGAAAGAGAAAUGACCCUGAAAAUCCCAGAAACUAGCUCCCUUGGGACAGUGUUUCCUCUGAAAAAAGCUCGGGACUUGGACGUGGGCAGCAAUAAUGUUCAAAACUACAAUAUUUCUCCCAAUUCUCAUUUCCAUGUUUCUACUCGCACCCGAGGGGAUGGCAGGAAAUACCCAGAGCUGGUGCUGGACACAGAACUGGAUCGCGAGGAGCAGGCCCAGCUCAGAUUAACCUUGACAGCGGUGGACGGUGGCUCUCCACCCCGAUCUGGCACCGUCCAGAUCCUCAUCUUGGUCUUGGACGCCAAUGACAAUGCCCCGGAGUUUGUGCAGGCGCUCUAUGAGGUGCAGGUCCCAGAGAACAGCCCAGUAGGCUCCCUAGUUGUCAAGGUCUCUGCUAGGGAUUUAGACACUGGGACAAAUGGAGAGAUAUCAUACUCCCUUUAUUACAGCUCUCAGGAGAUAAACAAACCUUUUGAGCUAAGCAGCCUUUCAGGAGAAAUUCGACUAAUUAAAAAACUAGAUUUUGAGACAAUGUCUUCGUAUGAUCUAGAUAUAGAGGCAUCUGAUGGCGGGGGACUUUCUGGAAAAUGCUCUGUCUCUGUUAAGGUGCUGGAUGUUAACGAUAACUUCCCGGAACUAAGUAUUUCAUCACUUACCAGCCCUAUUCCCGAGAAUUCUCCAGAGACAGAAGUGGCCCUGUUUAGGAUUAGAGACCGAGACUCUGGGGAAAAUGGAAAAAUGAUUUGCUCAAUUCAGGAUGAUGUUCCUUUUAAGCUAAAACCUUCUGUUGAGAAUUUCUACAGGCUGGUAACAGAAGGGGCGCUGGACAGAGAGACCAGAGCCGAGUACAACAUCACCAUCACCAUCACAGACUUGGGGACUCCAAGGCUGAAAACCGAGCAGAGCAUAACCGUGCUGGUCUCUGACGUCAAUGACAACGCCCCCGCCUUCACCCAAACCUCCUACACCCUGUUCGUCGGCGAGAACAACAGCCCCGCCCUGCACAUCGGCAGCGUCAGCGCCACAGACAGAGACUCAGGCACCAACGCCCAGGUCACCUACUCGCUGCUGCCAUCCCAGGACCCGCACCUGCCCCUCACUUCCCUGGUCUCCAUUAACACAGACAACGGCCACCUGUUCGCCCUCAGGUCGCUGGACUACGAGGCCCUGCAGGCUUUCGAGUUCCGCGUGGGCGCCACAGACCGCGGCUCCCCGGCGCUGAGCAGCGAGGCGCUGGUGCGCGUGCUGGUGCUGGACGCCAAUGACAACUCGCCCUUCGUGCUGUACCCGCUGCAGAACGGCUCCGCGCCCUGCACCGAGCUGGUGCCCCGGGCGGCCGAGCCGGGCUACCUGGUGACCAAGGUGGUGGCGGUGGACGGCGACUCGGGCCAGAACGCCUGGCUGUCGUACCAGCUGCUCAAGGCCACGGAGCCCGGGCUGUUCGGCGUGUGGGCGCACAAUGGCGAGGUGCGCACCGCCAGGCUGCUGAGCGAGCGCGACGCGGCCAAGCACAGGCUGGUGGUGCUGGUCAAGGACAAUGGCGAGCCUCCGCGCUCGGCCACCGCCACGCUGCACGUGCUCCUGGUGGACGGCUUCUCCCAGCCCUACCUGCCGCUCCCAGAGGCGGCCCCGGCCCAAGCCCAGGCCGACUCGCUUACCGUCUACCUGGUGGUGGCGUUGGCCUCGGUGUCGUCGCUCUUCCUCUUCUCGGUGCUCCUGUUCGUGGCAGUGCGGCUGUGCAGGAGGAGCAGUGCGGCCUCGGUGGGUCGCUGCUCAGUGCCUGAGGGCCCCUUUCCAGGGCAUCUGGUGAACGUGAGCGGCACCGGGACCCUGUCCCAGAGCUACCAGUACGAGGUGUGUCUGACGGGAGGCUCUGAAAGUAAUGAUUUCAAGUUCUUGAAGCCUAUAUUCCCCAACAUUGUAAGCCAGGACUCUAGGAGGAAAUCAGAAUUUCUAGAAUAAUGUAGGUAUCUGUAGCUUUCCUACUGUCUGUUAAUUUUGUCUUCCUCACUUUUCACCUUAGUUUUUUUUAACCCUUUAGUAAUCUUGAAUUCUACUUUUUAAAAAAUUUCUACUGUUGUCUUUAGUAAUGUUACUCAUUUCCUUGGUCUGAUUGUUAGUUUUCAAAUUAUUGUAUUAUUAUAAAUAUUUCAUGUCAGGAAAGUUCAUAUUUCUGAAUAAAUUAAUAGUAUUCAUUACUGAAGGGUGAUAUGAAAGUUAACCCCACCUAAUAAACAUAACUCUAAUUCUGAAAGUAGCUUUCACACUGUAUGACACUACAUAAGAAUGUAUGAUUUCUGAAGUCAUAUUUUAAGGUUUUUUUAUAGUUUUUCUUAUUCACACAGCUCUGACUUUUUGACAAAAGUUUGGGGUGUAAUCAUUUCAUAUUUAUCCAUGUGUAAUUUCUUCCAAGCUUCAUAUUUGGAGUUUUGUUUUUUCCAAUAAGGAGCAACAUGGAUAAGUUUAAGCUACUCUUUUCAAAGUCACACUUGAAAGCAUUAGAUUUUCAUUCUAAAACACAUAUGUCAUCUCAUAAAAAUAUAUCUGCGUAAUGUAUUCUGUCUCAUGUAAAUUAACAUAGAAAAGAUUAAUGGGUUCUUCCUUAUCUCUAUCUAAUGUUAUGAUCCUAUGGGGGGACUGGACAGGCUUCCUAAUACCCAGAUUUACUGUGUUUAAGGUGUUCGUAUAAGGCCGAUAGACACUAGGACCAAGUAAUGCAUCUCCUGCAAUUUCCUCUUUCCACAGCAGGAAAAUCUUAACUGAGUUCCAAAUUCUGGGCUUAGAGGAGCUUCUGAUGGUACAGUAUGCCAACAUCUACUUGUCUUUGGAUGGCAACAUUGUUCUGAUUCAUAAGGAAUUUGAAAGAAAAUACAUUGUAGAAUUAAUAUUAGUUAACCAAACAAAAUUUAUUAAAGGAUAUGUUGGUGAAGGAGUUGAAUUAUUUGAGGAAAAAACAUCUGCUCUCUUGUCAGGACUUUUCUGUCUCCAGGAGCUUCUCAACUUUGCAGAUACUCUAGAAUGGUAUUGCAUGCAAAAUAAUGACCGCCAAGAUGUUCCUGCCCUAAUCCCCAGAACCUAUGAAUAUGUUAUAUUGCAAAGAAAUUAAGGUUCAAACAGAAUUAAGGUUGCCAAUCAGCUAAACUUAAAAUAGGGAGACUCUCCUAGAUAAUCUGGGUGGGUCUAUUUCAAUCAGUGGAAAGGCCAUAAAAGCAGAGUUGAGUCUUCGUGAGAUGAAAAAGAAAUUUUGUUUAAGGACAGCAGCUUCAGCUUAUGCCCCAGAAUUCCAGCCUGCCCCUCCUAACUGCCUGCCGUACAGAUUUUGGACUUGUCCAGCCACGUUUCAAAACUGAAUAAGUCACUUCCUUGCAAUAAAUUGAUUACUACACA